GCCCCUCGAGCACCGGCCCGCCGCCCCCGGAGCCCGCGUCGCCGCCCAGACCGAAUUGAAAAUGGUCCGCGCAGUUGAUUCCGACUUGUUCUUUCUUUCCUCAAAGACACAAGGGGAGGCGUAUGUCUUUGAGUGUAACGACGACAUACCGGGCCUGAGGACAAAAGGGACAGUUCUCAAGAACCUCUACCUUGAUGAAGUGAACCUUACUGCUGUUAAUCUCCAUCUACCCCAGAGAGCUCAGCCUUCAGUGAAAGAAUACUGCUAUGCAGUUUCUGGAUUCAAGUCCCUCUGCCAGUUAGGUGAAGAAGUUGCAUCAAGGCUUAAGUUAUGCUCUUGCUAUAUUGUUCAGUUCUCAUUCGAUUCAGUUGUCCUGUCCGAAGGUGAAAGGCACCUUAUAACCACUGCUUUUGUUACACAGUUGAAUAUUUCAGUUGAUUCAACCAUGUUGCUAGAUACCAAGGUCUCAACACUCUACAAGGAAUAUCAGUCAGUUGAUGGAUUUCUUGAUCUGUCGUGCGACAUUGUUCCAAAACUUCCCACAGUUGCUCCAUACAAGGAGUAUAGGAAGACCUGCAAGACUUGCUAUUUCAAUGUCUAUCACAAGGCAAAAGUUCCUAUCAUUGCACCAGUUCAUGAUGUUACUGAGGAAGUCCCUUUUCCACCCUACACCAUAUGCACAAGGAGGCAGGUGAAGAAGGCUUCAAUGAUCAGGAAAGGAGGCUCGUUCGGCUCUGGGAAGAUUGUCUAUGGCAGCUACGGUGCUGGUGAUCUUCAGUUCUUUGGCACGUAUGGAGAUUAUGACUGUUAGAUAUAGGUCCUGCAACAUCUUUAUUGGUGCAAGAUGUGAGGUGUGAUCUCAGAGUGUGUUGUUAGGCCUUGCGUUUUCAACCUGCGGUUGUCACUUGUGAGACCUGUUCCGGCGCUAGAUAUCACUUUGACCUUUCUGCUAUGAUCAUAUAUGUGGUUAACUGUCUUCUGUUAUUCUGUUAUCUCUGGCUGAA